AGAUAAGGUAAAAGGUGUAGCUGAUGAAGACUUGUGUCUCACUGCAGAUUUCAGAUUCCCUUCUACAAAAUUUUCAGUCCUCGUGUGCAUUUUAUAGGGUACAAAGAAUGCACUUGGCGCGCAAUUGACCUUUCUAUAAAUGCUUUUGGCCUUUUGUGUUUUGUUCAACCUUCAUAUCUCAUAUGAAUGAAGAGAAAGAUAAGGAGAGAAAAACCAAGGAAAGGGAGCAGAAACCAACUACUUGUAAGCCACCACCAACAUUUUGCCUUAGCCUCUGCCUCUGCCAUUUGAAUCCUUGCAACUAAUGGAAGUUCAGUGCAGUCCUUGGGAACUUUGCUAUCAGGAAGAGGGGAUACAAGAGUUGAAGCAUUCUCUUCUGUACACAACCUUGGAGCUUGAGACAGCAAUUUUGUCAGCAAAGGAGAAGAUUGCGAAGAGAGAAGAAGAACUUGUUCAGCUCAAAGAUCUCCUAAGCAGAACCCUCCAAGAGAGAGAUGAGGCUCAAGCAAAAUGCCAAAGGCUAGUUUUGGACAAGCUCAUGCUCCAACAAGAGCUGCAAAAACAGCAAAAACAACAAGAUCAAGAAGUAGUUGCUGCACAAAAUGAGGAAAUUGAAUCAAAAGGCAGGGACUCAAACAACAAACAUUUUGCCUCUUCUGACUCUGAUGAAACCAUCACUGCAUCACCAAAUGCAGACCGAAUUAUGAUCCCACCACCAUUGUCGCCACAACCACAAGCUGCAUCAAAAUUGGCAGCUGAGAAGCCAUUAGUAUUGCCAGAGAAGGGGAAGCUACUGCAAGCAGUAAUCGAAGCCGGACCGCUCCUUCAAAACCUUCUCCUGGCUGGACCUCUGCCUCAGUGGCAGCACCCUCCUCCCCAGCUCAAAUCCAUUGAGAUUCCACCGGUUGCAAUCUUUCCUCCAACGCGGCAGCGGCUUCUGCCCCAAGACUCUUGCAUUAGCAGUAACAUUAGCUGUUUCAGCAACAAGAGAAGCCUGGUGCACUGUGAUGAGCCUGGUUCUGAUUCUUCACCCAUCACCAAGUACCAAAAGCUUCUUCUGCGUUGACCAAAACUGCUUUUUUGCUUUUUAGUUACAUGAUUUUCUAAGGCUGCCCAUCUUUUUCACACUGUCACACAUUCAAA